AUGGCUGAGGUGAAUCACACUUUGGUGACUGAGUUCUUCCUCGUUGCCUUCACUGAGCACCCCGAGUGGGGGCUUCCCCUCUACCUGGUGUUUUUGAGUUUCUAUCUCACCACUCUGCUGGGGAACUCUGGGAUGAUCCUCCUGAUCCGCAAAGAUCGCCGACUCCACACUCCCAUGUACUUCUUCCUCAGCCACCUUGCCUUUGUGGACAUCUGCUACUCCUCUGUCAUCGUCCCUCAGAUGCUGGCCAUGCUGUGGGAACACGGCCUGGCCAUCUCCCAAGCUCGCUGUGCCGCUCAGUUCUUCCUCUUCACCUUCUUUGCUUCUAUUGACUGCUACCUCCUGGCCAUCAUGGCCUAUGACCGCUAUGUGGCCGUGUGCCAACCGCUGCUCUACGUCACCAUCAUGACCGAGAAGGCCCGCGUGGGCUUGGUAGCUGGGGCUUAUGUGGCCGGUUUUGCCAGUGGCUUCAUUCGAACAGUGACGGCCUUCACUCUCUCCUUCUGCGGGAACAAUGAGAUUGACUUCAUUUUCUGUGACCUCCCUCCUCUGCUAAAACUCAGUUGUGGGGACAGCUAUACCCAGGAAGUGGUGAUUGUCGUGUUCGCCAUUUUCGUGAUGCCUGCCUGCAUCCUGGUCAUCUUGGUGUCCUACCUGUUUAUCAUCGUGGCUGUCAUGAGGAUGCGCUCCGCUGGAGGCCGGGCCAAGACCUUCUCCACCUGCACCUCCCACCUCACUGCUGUCGCUCUCUUCUUUGGAACCCUCAUCUUCAUGUAUCUGAGAGAUAAUUCAGGCCAGUCCUCGGAGGGCGACAGGGUGGUGUCUGUGCUCUACACAGUGGUGACUCCAAUGUUGAACCCCCUCAUCUAUAGCCUGAGGAAUAAGGAGGUCAAGGAGGCAGUUAUGAAAUUCUUGAGCAGAUCAAAGGUUUCCAGAAGGCCCUAG